UAUAAAGAGGUGAGAGAGAAGAGGAAGCACGACCUUACUUGAACAGGAUCUGUUCUAUAGGCUCGUACCUCUGUAUUCUUGAUUCCUAAGAAGACAGAAACCCAUGUCUGGUUGAUGAACCACGACCAUGUAACCAGAGCGUGAUUAACAGAACUUCAUGGCCUCGGCCAUGGCUCAGUAGAUGAUCGUUGCCAAUCCAUCUAAUGGUCCUGGCAUGGCUACAUGGUUGUCUGACAGACAACAAUCUUAUCUUUUUAGUUUUUAUUAUAUGGAAGGUGCUGAAGUUAUAAGGAAAUUUGUCCAAAUUAGGGCUGCAGACCAAGUGUUUGAUGAAAUGCCUAAUGGGAUUGUCAAGAAUGAUGGAAUUCUUGAGGCAUUGAAUUUGUUUAGGAAGAUGCAAUUGGAGGGUGUAAAUGACUAAAUUGUAAUCCAUUACAAACAAGGUGAUACUAUGUGCUAAGUUUUUUGGUACAUGUUAUAAUUGGAUUGUACGCA